AUGAGUACUCGUCGAGUUUUUUUCAAUAAAACACGUACCGUCGAUGCUCCACCUUCUACUACGUGUAAUUUGAAUGAAAAUACUCCUUGCGAGAAAAAACAGUCAUCUCCACCGUCGAUUAAAACUGUCGUCGAAAUACCUGUUAUUCACGAGUCUGACAAUGUUGAUAACACAACAACUACUAAAAAAAAAUUGAUAUUACGCAAAACUAAACGUACAACUACAAAGAAAAUUUAUAAUGGACCAAGAAAAAUAUUUUCGACAAGUUAUAAAGCUAAUCGUGCCCAAUUAAAUCACAAAGACUUUUUUGGUGCUGAAGAGUUUGAAUUUGAUGAUGAUAAAUCAUUAUCUCCAGCCGAAGAAAAAUCGUGUUCUCAACCAAAUUAUGCUAGUGAAUUUCUUGAUCCAAAUAGUGAAGAAAUCGGUCGUACAACAAUGGUAAAAUCAAAAAGUGUUGAUAGUCUAUCUGAUUUUCCUUCCACAUCUACAAUCACAACAAGAACAUCAACUACUGACACAAAAUUAUCGCUUUAUUCUUCAUCAGAAACUAAUAGUCGCAUUGGAGUGAGUAACACUCGAACAACUGUUACUUCUACGGCCACAAGAGUAAUUGAAAAUGGAAAAAUGAAAAUUGUUUGUCCAAGAAAUCAGAAAAAUAUGUUUACAGUUGUUCCAAAUAUUCGACAACCGACAACAUGCGAAGAACUUGGUGAAACACAAAGUUAUAUUGAUGAUAUGGAAUAUUUAUUAGCUGGUUUUGAAUCAACAAAACUAUUGGAUGAUCGUUGUUUGAGCGCUGUUAAAUUUGCCGAAAAAUGUGCCAAUCCAAAUUUUCGCAUGCAUCUUCGCACAAAAAGUGCACUUGACAAAGUGUUUGAACUAUUAGCCGAUGCUCCCUCUUUACCCUUUAAUGAGCUAUCAUUUGAAACUGAUCGUGAAUAUGAUAAAACUCGUCAACGUAUACAAAUAAUUGUAGAAAAAUAUGCCCAAGAAUCGAAUGAAAUAUUUUAUAAUGAACGAUUUUCGGCGUCAGAUAUUUUACUUGAAACGUUUGUGAAUUGUACGGGAAAAAAUUUAAAAGAUUGGCUAAAAAAUGAUAUUCGCACAAUGGGCGGUUUAAGUUCUACAAUCGAUGCUAUUGGAUCAAUUGUUCAAGAUUUAUCUAACAAUGAUUAUCAAUGUUAUCCGUUAAGUGAAAUACUUAUUCGUUAUAGAAAAAUAUGUCGAUAUAUUAAAAUGUUGGAAGAUCUUAUGAAUGGAAAUAAUGAUAAUCGUGAAUAUAUUUCAAAUUACAAACAAUUUUCAUUGUUUCAUUCACUUAGCAAAUUACUGGAUCUUUCAUUGUCUUGGAUGAAACAAUAUUGUCCUCAGGAGAAAGCUGGCGAAGGUGACAUUGUGUCAAAUCAUCAAAUAACACCAACAACAGUUAUGUCAAAUGCAUCGUUAUACGAAGUAUUUUUGCACGGUUGUAAAACGAUGAUGUCUAUUCUUGUUAUUUUAACAAAUGAAUCCAAAGAAAACUGUAAACGUUUAAUAGUGGACGAUCGAUUUUUCAUAAAUUUAUUUCAAUUACUUGUCAUUGUUGAAAAAACACAAGCUAGUGAUGAUCGAUUCGAUGUUAUGGCGCUGGCAUUGAAUCUUUUAAUAAAUCUUGUACAAAAUAGCAAUGAUAUUUAUCAACGUUUAAUGGACGAUGAUAUGCCUGGUAUAACUGGUACAAAUAAAAUGAAAAUAUAUCAAUUUAUGGCAAAGUUGUUUUGUGACAAUGAAGCAUCAGCUGCUAAAGCUGAGAGUCAAGAAGAAAAUGAUUGGAUGGAAAUUGAACAAGAUUCAUUUAAUCCGGAACUUCGUGUAACAACUGAAAGUCGAGAAAAUUUUAAUCGAGCAUUACAGAAAGCAAGUCAUCAUAUGGAACAUAGUUUUUUGGCAGCAUUUGCUGGUGUUAUUUUAUCGUUGAUAUUAUUAAAAGAUAAAACACAUGUCGAUCGCAUUAGAGAGUUAAUGCCAUUGCAAAAUUUUAAUACAAUGGCAUUUAUAUUGAAAAAGUUUUUUCUAUUCAUGAACUUAUCGAAUGCAUUCACUCAAUCUGGUGUUAAAAUAUUAGAAGAAAUUGUUGAAAUGUUGCUAUCGUUAUGCUGA